AAGGCAUCUCCGGUAUUGGUUUCUUCCAUCUUGAAUUCCACGUCAUACCACAUGGAUGUGUAGACGUGCGAUUCUAGACGAGUGUCAUCGACAGUUUGCGCUUUAUUUCGUUUAUUUCAUUGUGACUUGUAUUGCAUCUGCUUGCUGCGAACGUAAUUUUACGCAUUUGUGUACAUUUUCUGGCUCUAAUAGCGUUUCAUUUAUUGUAAAAAUAAGAUGACUGACAGGUCUUUAACGGAGAUGCCAGUUGCACAAUCCGAGGUAAAGUCCAGCUGGGCUGAUGAAGUCGAGGAAGAGGGAGGAGCGUUGCCUGCGCCAUCAGAAGUCUACGAGAAUGGUUUCAAAAUCCUCACUGAAUACAAAUACAAUCAAGACAACAAAAAAGUCAAAGUCGUGCGUACUUACAAAAUAGAACGACGUAUAGUAUCGAAAACGAUCGCAGCACGCAAAAAUUGGGGAAAGUUCGGCGAUUCCGUCGAUGACAGGCCGGGACCUAAUCCAGCCACCACUGUCAUCGGUGAAGACGUCUUUAUGCAAUUCAUAUCUAGCAAAGAGGAAGAAAACAAGGUAGAAGAAGAUUCCCUGGACAAAUUGAAGAGCAUGGGCGAUAAGGGUGUUGUCAAGUGUCGUAACUGCAACGGUGAUCAUUGGACUUCCAAGUGUCCCUAUAAAGAUACUGUUCUCGCUGGUGGAAAAGUACCAGAUGACAAGAAACCUGUAGUAAAUGCAGGAGCACCCGGUGCAAUGGCCGAGCUUAAACCACAGGGUGGCAAAUACGUACCGCCCGGCAUGCGCGACGGUGGCAACAAACGCGGUGACUCGAUGCAAAUGCAGAGGCGCGACGAUACGACCGCCAUUCGUAUCUCUAAUUUGUCGCAGAGCACGACGGAUGCUGAUCUGGACGAGCUCGUGAAGCCUUUCGGUUCUGUAGUGAAACAGUUCCUCGCCAAGGAAAAGCUGUCUAAUCUCUGCAAGGGCUUCGCGUACGUACAUUUCAAACAUAGGGCAGAUGCCGGGAGAGCUAUCGCUACUUUGGAUGGUUAUGGUUACGAUCAUCUUAUCCUGAAAGUAGAAUGGUCGAAACCGCAAGUUCAAAAUAAUUAAGUAAUAGAUUAAACAAUUCAAAUUGUAUGGCAUACUGCUAUUUACUUAUUGAAAAAAAUUCCCAUGAAAUAGAGAACUGUAUUUGUAUGAAAUUGUACACAUUCUUAUGAUAUCUGAAAUAGGAAGACAAUAGUGGUCCAUUCACUAUAUUUAACCCUAAAUGUGAAAGUCGGAUUAUCAAUCAGAGAUUUUUGAUAUUUAGUAAUGUUAAUAUAUAUAUAAAUAUGUCGCAUUCAACCAAUGUAAAAUGUAAAUUUCUACAUAAGAAUCUAUAAUAUAUGUUUUAAUUGAUAAGAUUUUCAAUAUAUAUUAAUCUUUUUACUAUAUAUUUCCUAUGCAUAUAUAAUAAAUAUUGCAUUACUCUAUAUGUUUAUAUAUAUUUAUUUAUUUAAGUGCAUAGAUUUUAUAAUAUAUUAAGUAAAAGAUAAAAGAUUUUACUUGUGUAUUCAUACUGUACAUUCAUUUAAAUGUGGUAAAUAGAAAUUUUCAUUUUACGUUGGUUAUAUGUAUCGCGCGCACGUAUUUAUAUAUUAUAUAUAUAACAGCGUUCAGGCAUGUAUCACACAGUGUUCAAUAACCAACUUGAAAUAAAAAUUUCUAUUUAUCACAUUUAGUGUUGAAUGUACGAUGUGAAUACACAGACUAAAUCUUUUAUCUUUUACUUGAUAUAUUGUAAGAGAUUUAUGCACUUAAAUAAAUAAAUAUAUAUAAGUACUAAGAAAAUAAUAUGUACAAUAUUUACAUAUAUAAUAAAUGUAUA